GCGCGGAGCCGGAAGGAGGAGCUACCCUAAGGCGCGAGGUCUCCCCUGAGUUGUGCAAGUUGCUUCCGGGUUUCCCUCCCGGAAGCAGGAAGUGUCGGCCCAUCCUCCUCGCCCGGCGGCAGCUGUCCGCGAGGCGGGAGGAGCCCGAGGGGGCGCGGGCCUCGCAUGGCUGAGCUGCUGUCGGAGACAGGCUCACUCUUCUGAACCUCCUCCUGUGGCGAGAGUAGGAGCUUCCUUCCUGGAGGGAUUUUGUUUUGGAAGACAUGGAUCUUGCUGCCAAUGAGCUCAGCAUUUAUGACAAACUUGCGGAGACGGUUGACUUGGUGAGACAAACAGGCCAUCAGUGUGGCAUGUCAGAAAAGGCCAUUGAAAAAUUUAUCAGACAACUGCUGGAAAAGAAUGAACCUCAGAGGGGGCCACCCCAGUACCCUCUCCUAAUAGCUGUGUAUAAGGUCCUCAUAACCCUGGGAUUGAUCUUGCUCACGGCCUACUUUGUGAUUCAGCCCUUCAGCCCACUAGCACCGGAGCCAGUGCUUUCUGGAGCUCACACGUGGCGCUCACUCAUCCAUCACAUUCGGUUGAUGUCCUUGCCCAUUACCAAGAAGUACAUGCCAGAAAAUAAGGGUGUUCCUCUGCAUGGUGAUGAAGACAGACCUUUUCCAGACUUUGACCCCUGGGGGACAAACGACUGUGAGCAGAAUGAGUCAGAGCCCAUCCCUGCCAACUGCACCGGCUGUGCCCAGAAAUUGCCCCUCAAGGUCAUGCUCUUAGAAGAUGCCCCAGAGAAAUUCGAACACCUCCAUCCUCUGGUGAUUAAGACGGGACAGCCCCUGUUGUCCGAGGAGAUUCAGCAUUUUUUGUGCCAGUACCCUGAGGCAAUAGAAGGCUUCCCUGAAGGGUUUUUCACCAAGUGGUGGCGCUGCUUUCCUGAACGGUGGUUCCCGUUUGCUUAUCCCUGGAGAAGACCGCUGAACAGAUCACAAAUUCUGCGGGAGCUUUUUCCUGUUUUCACCCGCUUACCGUUUCCGAAAGACGCCUCCUUAAAAAAGUGCUCUCUUCUCCACCCAGAACCUGUGGUGGGGAGUAAGAUGCAUGAGAUGCACGACCUAUUUACCAUUGGCAGCGGCGAAGCCAUGUUGCAACUCAUCCCUCCCUUCCAGUGCCGAAGACACUGUCAGUCCGUGGCCAUGCCAAUAGAAGCAGGGGACAUUGGCUAUGCCGGUGCCCCUGACUGGAAGGUCUACAUUAUAGCCCGAGGGGUCCAGCCUUUGGUCAUCUGCGAUGGAACCACCCUCUCAGAACUGUAGGAAGCAGGACUAUAUACAGGAACCACUUUGAGAGCUGAACACCAGGUUGAAAGGAGGGAAAUAAAAACAAAAAUAAUACUAAUGAAACUGCUUUCCAGGGGUUGGCUACUUCGUUACUUGCCCUCCGUGUGUGUGCUGGAAGUGGUGGCCAGCCCCUCUGACUCGCCAUAGACAGCUCAGGAAGGAUUCCAGUCCAGCUCCUUGGCCAGAGUCCUGCCAGCACCCAUCUCAGAGGGACUGGGCUCUUCCAGGCUUUUGACACCACAGCCUUGAGGCUGCCCCUCAGGCAGGAAAUGAGCUGGUGCCUUCCUUUACAUGCAUGGGCAUAGGCCCUUCUGCUGGCUUCCUGGCAGCAGAGGGGAGUCAGCACGUCCUGAUGCCAGAACCGUCCUUUACCUGGUGGGCCUGCUCAGCCCAUUCUGCCACAUCACCCUGUACUUCUUAGAAAAGCCGUGGCUGACUAAAGACAUCAUUGCAGUUACCCAAGCAGAGUGGGAUCUAGAGCCAGUGGGAAAGGGCUGAUAACCUUGAACUGCACUCCGGAACUGCAGUUCUUCCCAGUGUCCGUGGCUCUUGGAGUCUCAGCGAUGCAAGACUGGAGUCUGAUUAUUCAGAAUGGUAAUUCCUAAGGUAAUACUUUCCUCCAUUUUAUCAGGCUCUAUGGCCGCCACCUGCUCCUUCCCCUUCUCCCUUGCCUAUCUGAACUGGUUCCCAGAAGCUUAGCUCUGAGUCCCCGCUCCCUGGGCUGGGCCAGAGCCCUUGACUGCUGAGGCAGCACUGUCCCGUCGACUGUGUUGCCUUUACUGAGUGUCUUUGGAGGGAAAUGAGUUAGAGAUGCUGGCCUGAGGAGAGGGCGCCUCCCUGGGUUUGAUCUUCAGGGUCUGAGUUUCUGCAGAGAAGAUGUUUUACAGAUGUGUCAAAGCUGAUGUUGUAAUGUGGUUCGGGGGGAACUCCAGACCUCAAGUGUUCGCCAGCUGGGUGUGCCACUGACUGUGUGAUCCUCUGUCUCAGAAUGCUCUCUUUGCACUGGGCGGCAAGGUGAGAUGUUUUUAUGUUCUGUAGUACUGUAAAGCUGUCUUCUUCCGGUUAGACGGUUCACUGUGCCCGUCGUUCUCUCCCGAGCGCUUUUGGUGUGUACUAAUCAAAUGGUGUAAGAAAGAGCGCCCCUUUUUUGAUCCCUUAAUUCCUUUAUUCUUCCUUUGUUGACACUGCUAGGUACCUGGACAGUCGCCAUGCCAUCACCAAGAUGAAAAAACAAACCGCACUGGGGCCUGAGGUUCCGAAUUGCAGAAAUCCAGUGGGUACAGUAGCAUCUAUGUCAGAGCUAGCCAAGGCAGACAGUGGGAGGGAGGGUGGUUGUACCCUGUGUGGGGCUUUGUCCAUGGAGGAGCUCUGUGCCUCUCUCCCGAGGCCUUUCUCUGCACAGCGCGUGAGCAGCUGCAGGGCCACUGAGUGCUUGAAUGGCCUGUUUGUCUGUAGACUGCAAAGCACACGCAGUUCACCGAGUUCAGGGAGGAAACACUCAGAGCCCCCUCCAUGGCCUGAGAGGAGGAUGAGCUGUACCUGAGGGAAUUUUUCCUUCAGAGUCAGCCCCUUAAGUGGAUUAAUACAGGAAAAACAAAACUUUCUGUGUAUAAAAAGUCAUGCUGCUAAACAGUUGUGAUUUAGGAGGUUUGAAAUCAGAGGGAUCUUCCAGAGGCCAGCCUUGUGCAAGCUUUCAGAGACGCCUGCAGUGUCCGUACACGUGCUGCGCAAGCCGCAGGAUCCUGUAAACAGGAUUCCAGGGGCGUCUGAAAUUAGACCCUUUCAGUUAAAAGAAGGGGCUCCAUAGGAGCCCGUGGUUGCGAGCUCGGUCUUGUGUUCAUGAGGUACCUCGUGUCCCUGGCCCCACUUCAUCCCUGCCGUCCAUACCUCGCACAUUCACCCCAGCUCAGAGCUUUGGAAGCUGAGAGGCUCAUCCCGUGGGUGUCCUGAGGCACUGCCUGGGAAGGCCCCGAAGCCCCCGAGCUGGUGUGCAGUUCGGCAGGGAGCGCUGUGGAAGGAGACAAGCAGAGACGCGUGUGCGCCCCUCUCGGCUUCAGAUCUGCCCAGUUCACACUGGAGGAGAAUGUGUGAGGGGAGUUCCCCAAGGGGCUUUUCUCUUCUGAGCUCCUGGGUGCACAGAAGUAAUUCACCUUCUCAAAAGGGCUCUGAUAAGCAGAGUCCACUCCUAGUCAGUGCUGUGGGAGGGCUGCGUUCCUGCCCAGUCUGCUGCUAGUUAACCAAGGCCUCGUGUAGGUGCAGGGGGGUUUCCCAACUUUCCACUUCCAGAUGGAAGCAGCAGGUUCUCUGCACAACCCCGUGUUGGAAAGAGCGUUUUCAAGGUGAGGAAGUGGGACUCGGGGCAUGAUAAGACCCCCUGAUCAACCCUGCCUCCACCUGUCGCCCUGUCACCACCACCACCAGCACCAUAAAAACAAAACCGUGAUGGGGCUCUAAGAGGAGACUUGUGUUUUAUUAAGAGGUGGUGUGCAGUGCCUCCCGGGCACAUGGUGUAUGUAGGUCCACUCCCGCGGCUCCCAGUGCAGAGACAGCGCUCUGGGAAGAACAGCUGCCUUGGAGCCAGUUAGAAGGGUGUGUGUCCAGAUGCCCAGAGCGCCCCAGCAGUCAAGGCUGAGUGGGCAGCUGUUCUGGCCUAGGAGAAAAGCAGAGCUUAUCCUCACUCCACCUUCAACUUGUUUAGGAAGGGAAGGGAGUAAAUAAUAGUGCUCGUGAGAACAGACACCCGCCUCUCUGGUGAAAUGCAAAACGGUCUAUGGCAUGGACAGGCUUGGCCUCGUCUGAGAGAAGGGGUAGCAUUCGUCCAGCCCGUUUCUGUUUCCAUGCCUCGACAUACAUGUUCUUCUUAGUCCUCCCCCAGCCCUGUAGAGCAGGGUUCAGACCCGCAGCUUCCAAGCGAGGGAACUCAGGCUCCGAACGGUUCUCGGCAGGCAGGACGUCACUGGUCCCACAGCAUGGUGCGGGGGGCUGCCAGGAAGAGCUGUGGCUCCCACUGACCCAGGCGUGGCCUAGCAGGGCAGGAGAACCCAGCAC